CGCACCUAAUGCUUCUUUUUACGAUUAUGUGUCAGUAUAAUAAAAAUUAUAUUGAAAACACGUUUGUCUAUAGUACAUCAAAAUUAUGUCGCCGCGGAUCAGGAGAGGAAUCCUCUAUUUCUGUCAGUCGUAACAAGCGAAGUCAGUGACCAAUACGUACCGCAUUACAGAGUCAUUCUGUGGCGAAAAACCGGUGCACAGAAGAUAUCGCUGCCAUACUCCGCGAACAAAACGAUGACAAUCAGACAUAUUCUGAGCAAUUUCUUUGGACUUGACAAACUCGACAAGGCGCCCCGUGAAGUAUUCUCUCCAGAAAUUCAAAAGGAUUUGCUGUUACUGGAGGAACAGGAAGGCUCAGUGAACUUCAAAUUCGGCAUAAUAUAUGCGAAAAAAGGACAAACCACCGACGACGAAAUGUUGUCUAAUGGUAAAUCGAUUAAAAGUUAAAAUUUACCCAAUCAACCUUUAAAUCUCACUCAGUGGCUUCUGAAACUCAUUAUGUAAUAAAGCAAUAGAAC